ACGGACGAAUACAAUACAAUAUACAUAUAUAAUUCAAUCAGACACUCAAGUGAAUCGCGUAGCUUAAGAAAACUUGGGCAACCCAUUGCAUUGGCUUCGAAACAAGUUUUAGUGAAGAUUUGUACACCAAACACUACGGGCAACGCACUUCGGCAACGCAUAAUCGCGCCUAUAUACAGACGAACAGACACACUAUAAUUGUCAACACAAUCGACUAUUGCAAUUUUAACGUUUAGCGGGUGCUUUCGUAUUCCAGAAGAAAUGAAAUUUCUUGAAACUUCCGCCUUGUACGCAUUUACGCUUUGCGGUUGCGUUGUCGCACUAACAACUGCCGCUGUAAUUUGUAUCGAUGAAUCAACAUUGAACAAAACCCAAAGCGGAAAAGUCAACGAACUGCAGCGUAAUUCCGAGGAUGCCACGGAUUUUGACGCCGCUGUGGUAAACCUUACCGACUCGAGCUUGGAUUCCACUAAUGGCAGUCACAGUCAGGUAACAAAGUUCUUGCAGACGGUACAGGACACACUGGAGAAGGCCAAACCUUGGGUGGUCGAACUCGAAAAGGAAGCUAAGCGACUGGAACAGACCGCCAAACGGUUUGGCGAAGGUGUAAUACGCGGUCUGGGCAGUUUCGUUGAUCGUUUGAUUGGUGUAGGCAACAGCAGCGGUGGUCCAAAGCCAACACGUCACGAACAACCGUCAACAACUAGCCCUCUACACACUUCUACUACAGACGAUAACAAGUCUGAUAUCGCGACCACAACCGCGACAGCUGUUGUUUCUGAAGUUGUGGCCGAUGUCUCGGCUAUUGCGAGUGCAGCUGAUGAGGCAGAGAAUGAAAUUUUUGAGCACGAUAACACUCUUUGCCCCGAUGGCUUUGUAGCGGAUGUAAAUGGAAUCUGUCUGCGCAAUCAUAAUUGAGAUACUAAGCUAAUGGCUUAUUAACUGAAGAGCAUACAUACUCGGGCAUAACAGUUCUGUGUUAAGAGAAUAAUUCGCUACAUUUAUAUAAGCUGAUAAAAUUCAUAGCAUAAAUAACUAAUAUAUUUUGAUUUAGUGUAAGAGAAAGUGUCAUGUAGAUACAUACUUAGGAGAUAAAUAUAAAAUAAUAAACCAGCAGUUUGGCUAAUAAGCCAUUAUAAUGCUCUAAAA